AUGUCUGACAGAGGAUCUUUACGUUACACAAGCAUAAAAGAUUUGUUGCUAAAGGCUGCGAUCAAUUUCAAAGACAAGAGGCCAUCUGAUAUUUUCAAAAGGUUGCCUGAAAUGUAUAAUUUAGCAGAAACUGCAAGGAUACAGGGGGAUAAGGAAAACCAGUUCAUCAUGUUAAAGAGAUGGCUAAAUUGCAUAGAAUGGUUGAAAAGUACACAGGAAUAUAAAGAUGGCAAAACAUUCUCCUUAUCUAAUAUGCAUCAGAUCAAUGAGGCAAGGAAAAUACUUAAAGACUUGUAUGAAAAAUUAAGUGCAAGGUAUAAACAGAUAAAACAGAAAUCAGAAAAAAGUAGCAGUGUAGAAAAAAUGGACAUAGACAAUGAAACAGGAAUUGAUUCUCCUAUGCCUACAGUUGAUGGUCCUUUAAAAUUACCUGAAACACCAACCAGAGAUCCAUUGGUUGGUGAUAAUGAAGAGAUUAUAAACUGUGAUCAGUUGUUUCAAUUAAUGCAUAAAGAUGAUGGUAGAUAUUUAAUCAUUGAUAUCAGAUCCAAGUCUCAAUAUGAAGUUUCUAGGAUAAUGUCUGAUAAAUCUGUUAACAUUCCAAACACUAUAAUUAAACCUGGUGCGUUAACGUCGCAUUUCGAAGAUUAUAUUCAUAAAGAUAAAAAAUCUUUAAAUUUAUUUAGACACAGAGGAGCUCAGUAUGUUGAUGUUAUAAUUCUACUUGAUUGGAAUACAUCAAGUAAGACAUUGACAUCGGAUAAUCAUUUAAACAUACUAAGAAAAAUUUUAGAAGAUUGGGAUCCUGGUAUAAAGUAUAAGAAGAUUACAAUCUUGAACGGUGGCUAUGCAGAAUGGUUGACGCGUUAUCCAGCGUUCACGACAAACCCAAAUGUAACAGAGCCUGCAUCAAGUAACGUUCCAGACGAGAUAUUAGAUAAUAUAGAAUACCCUGAAUGGAUACAUUUGGACGAAGAAGAAAAUAUUAAAAUGCGCGAUAGCAAAACAAAUCCAAAAGUUGCGAAUAAAGAAAAUGUUACAUAUAAAAGUAACGUAUCAAACGAAGAAAUUUGGGACGAACAUAUGGAUGCAGAGGGCGAUAACGUUUCUAUGCAGUCUAACAACUUUACGAAUUCCACUGUUGAUGUAGACAAAAUUCCUAAAAGUAAUCCAAUUUUGAGACAGCAUGAUAAUAAUUCAUUAAAACUGCAACACAGAAGAUCGUUAAGUAUUACGAAAAAGACUGAUGUAUCUGCAAAACCGACUGUGGACAGAAGCAAUAAACCAGUUUCUUUAAACACGAGCACGUUGGAAUCGAAAGUAGUGUUGAAAUUAAUGAGACGAUUGAAGGAACUCGCUAAAAGCAAGCAAGUGUUGGAAGAAGAAAUCUUAGAAGAGGAACGUGCUUUGUGUAUGCAAGAUGGUACCAAACAUAAAAGUUUAAACGAAGAAGAAUAUAUUCGCGAUAAUUUAAAGACUCUUCAGUUGAAAUUGAAAGAGAAGCAAAAUGAAUAUAAAAAACUGGAAGAUGAUCUUACGAAGUAUAACGUAUUAGCGGAUCCAAUCAAAUUGAAUUUUACAGAAGAAAAUGAACAGGACAAGCUCAAGCUUAGUCUUGCUGUAUUUAAACAUCGUACGAGAGAUAUAUCCGCGGAGCGGUCGAAAAUACGCGAGAAAGCUUCAAAAAUUAAUUACAAAGACUUAUCAUCGAAAGAAAAUGAAAGUAAUACUCACAAGGAACCCUUGAAAAUGAAUAAUAAUUCAUCAAUAGGUGGUUUGGAACGAUCGUAUUCCAGUCCAAAUUUAUUACAGUUAAUAGAUCGCAAAGCACCACAGAUAGACAGAAGUUCGAAGCCACAACCAUCCCCGUAUCAAAGUGGAACUUAUACCGAUAAUAAACUGUCUCAUCUCAGUUGGGCGAAUCGCGAAGAAAGAAUGACACCUGUUCAUGGAAGUGUCCAUCCAGGUAUUACAGGAUUAAAGAACUUGGGAAACUCGUGUUACAUGAACAGUAUUAUACAAUGUUUAAGUAAUACCACGCAUCUAGCCAAUUAUUUAAUGGAUAAUUUGUACGUCGACGAUCUUAAUACAAAUAACGAUAACACCACCCAGGGUCAGGUUGUUGAAGAGGUAGCUCAAGUGAUCAAAGCUCUUUGGAGAGGACAAUAUAAGAGCAUAUCUCCGCUUGACCUCAAGAUCGUCGUGGGACAGUACAAAUUACAAUUUGAAAGUUACGAGCAACAAGAUUCUCACGAGUUCCUUACGUUCCUUUUGGACUGGAUGCACAAUGAUCUGAAGAAGAACUCUAAGAUACCAUCCGAAAUGACGGUUGCCGAAAAAGCGUGGGACAAAGCCAUGGAAUCAAAAAGAUCCAUCAUAUCCGAUUUAUUCUUUGGACAGCUAAAAUCAACCAUUACGUGUAGCUUUUGCAAGCAAAGCAGUACUACUUAUGAAACUUUUAAUAGUUUGACUACAUCGUUACCUCAUGCUAACCGGUGUACAUUAAACGACUGUAUUUUGAAAUUUGUAAGCGGGCAAAAGGUAGUUGGAUGGAAAUGCCCGAAAUGUCAGACGUCUCGAGAAGCAACGAAGAAAUUCGAUUUCGUUAAAUUAGCGCCUAUCAUAGUAAUACAUUUAAAUCGUUUCGCUGAAAGCGGUGGGUGGCUCGAGAAAAGAAGCACCGCUGUCGAUUUUCCUCUUACGGGCUUCAAUUUAAAACCGUAUUUGGUGGCGGACAGCAACACCAUUUCGAAUAUGCGUAAUUACAGUUACAGUCUCUAUGCAAUGUCGAAUCAUUAUGGAACCAUGGAAGGUGGUCAUUACACGGCUUUCUGUAAAAAUGCUGCUCAAAACAAAUGGUACAAAUACGAUGACCAAACAGUUACAGAAGUUACAAUGAAUCAUGUACGGUCUCAGAAUACCAGUGCCUAUUUGUUAUUUUAUACAUCAUUUUCCAGCAAUAUUAUUUAGUAUUAAUUGAAUGGGUCAUUGAACAUGACUGGGACGAAAAUUCAUUACUUAAAUAGUCGUUAAUGUUCUGUAACAAUGUAGAUAUUAAAUAUUUUUUGUAUGUACGGAAUAUAUUAUUAUAUGCGACGUACGCAUAAAACUAUGACGGUAUUAAGAGACUUCAUUGGUGCUGGGAUAUACGCUAAAGAUAUGUAAAUACAUAAACAUUAGGCCGGGAUAGUGUUUCGGUACUUUUAUUGAAAAAUAUAUUGCACGGUAGAUGAGAGAUUUAUUUCAACAAAUGCAUUGCAAAAAUAUAUCUAGCUCACGCUGCAUUCUGCAAGGUAUAGAUUUCAGUAACAAUGUUCCAUUCUGUAUCUUUAUACGUUGUGAUAUAUAAUAUUUUUCUGUUAUUUAUGCAUUUUUGCGUACGAACGCGAUAAAUUUUCUCUAAUGCUACUUCUUUAUCAACUCGUAUGUCACUAUUUUUGCUGAUUCGUAUUAUCGUAUAACUUGUGAUUUUUCAAGUUAUCUCAAGGAAAAGCACACUGAUAUUUUAUCGUUAGUAUUUUGCAACUUUGCAACUUGAAUAUUCUGUAUUAAAUGCAACACAACGACAUAUUAUAUAAACAUAUUAUAAACUAAAAAAAAACGAAUAAUUUCAUUAGAAAAUAUUGAUGCUUUCGAAAUCAAUGUUAAACAACCGCGUAACGUUAUUCGGACUCGAAUGCCUUUAUAAAGUGCCAUCACUAGUCUGUUUAUUUUGUACACGAAAUAAACAUUUUCAAAGUU